AACUUUGCGCCUUGGUGGUUUUACCCAACGACAGGGCAUAUUCGCACGUGCCUUUUUUAUACCGCGUAUGGUACUUAACGUUCUAUUAUCGCAUUUUUAUUAUUUGGUUACCUAGCCAAAGCGUUAAGAAACUUAUUCAUUGAGAAAUAAAACGCGUAUUUUAAUAUAUCCUUACUGCCUUAAAGUACUGCAUCUCUCUCUGCUAUUCAUUCGUGCAUUUCGAUCUUUCUCGUUGCUCAGUCACUUAUCGAAUGCAUUACCAUUUAUCUGAAGCAACGCUCAACGGUAGUAGCGAAUGUAAGAGGUUGAAACAUUUCCUUUGAAUCUUGGCAAAAAUAUUUACUGAAUUCGCACGUAAGCACAUUUAUACAAGCUGUGUACUAAAGCAAACAGAAAUUGUUGGACAAAUCUGUAGGUACCUGUAAGUACUUUAAUAAGCAUAAUGCCACAUAAGUAAGUAAUUUAUAAGCAAAGCUCUCGUCCACCGUACUUAUCAUGACUAUAUCGUCCAACAAUGUUUACAGGCUCUCUGAUCCAAAAACGUCCCGCCAAAAAAUUUAAACUACUCGACGCGCGCUCUGGCGGAUCGGCGCAGCCUUAUAUCUCCCAGCCAUGGCAUUAUACAACCGUUUUCCCGUGCUGUGGAAUUAGCAAUAUUCUACAGCGGUCGCCAGAUCCGCGCGCUCAUUCAGUCGGCUCGGCCUAUUGCCGCCCGGCCCACAGAUCGAGCAUGACUCGCCGCUCUCACGUCAUCCAUAGCCCGCGCAUCGUCCGCUGUCUGCCGCUGUUUGCCCGCCAACGGCCCUAUUUGCAUGUAUCCCAUUUGUGCCAAUCCAGAACACAGCAAUACAGAUGGACAGCUGGUUGGUCCGCGCAGGGCGCUGAGUGCUUCUCUCUUCGCUGCCUUCCCUCACCUGCGCAAUGCCUGAAAUUGUUUCAUUGGUUGACUUGUUUUUGUCCAAUGUCUGGGAUUGCCCCUGUCUGGGAUUUAGCGGUGCCGGGUGGCAGCGGCAACUUUAUCGAACUACCCGCAGUUGACUUUCGAUUUUGUUUUGUACAACCGUACACGCUACAACCCACGUCUGUAUAUACUUCCACGUCGCAAAACGUGCGCGUCUACCAGCAGGCGGCUACAAUGUUUCACUCUCGCUCUCUCUCACUCUCUCUGCUGUUACUCUAGUGUAUACGAAUGCGAAAGGGCAGCAUUGCUGUGUUCAUCUGACGGAGACGAUUUUUCGCCUGUCUGGGAAAUAAAAUGGUUUAUUCUAGCAUCGACUAGCAUGUUGCCGCAAUUGUUCGGGAUGCGUGUAAGUCUCCGAUGUGUUUCGCAUGCAAGGUUGCUUCUACUCGAAUCGGUCAUUAACUUCCUCGUUAGUUUCGUUUUUGCACUCUUUGUCUACGGACUGCCGUUAUUCGACAGUUGUUUCGGCAAUAACGUUUGUUACCGUCUCGAUCGCUCUCGGCCCGUGUCCAUCUGCCCCUCGUGCCGUUUUCGUCUGCUUCUACGAGUGAUUCGAAGUUAGUCAGCCGCCGCCGCCGUCGUCUGUGUCUACGUACAGGGACCAACUCCCGCGCUAGUGACGACAGUCAGCAGUUGACAGUGGUCCGCCGGCCGUGGCAAGCGCUGAUUGUUGUCUUCAUUGCUACUAAUCCACUAAUGUCCGUUCUUUUGUUGGUUUGUGAACGACAACAGCACGAUCGCGCUAUAUGCAGCAAAUGCACGGAGCAGAAACACCUGCAGCGAUAGUAGAAGUGCCAGUUAUAGUGAAGAAGAGGAAGCACAGCGGACAGAAAGGGGACAAACGGCUACAUACACACGUGAGGGAGAGAGGGCAAUACGACUACAGCAGCAACGGCCGCCGCCGCCGCCGCAGCAGCAGCAGCAGCAGCAGAAACUGCUGCAGGAUCAACUGCUGUGGCCGCUGCAGCAGCACCAGCAGUGAGUGAAUUGGCCAGCGGGUGAGCGACGGCGAGUAGCAGCCGCGGAGUGGAGCAGCGCCCGCUGCAGCAGCAGUAGUAGUAGUAGGGGUAGACUCCUCAGCACCGCUACUGAUUCCACCGUGGUUAAACAACUUUAGCAGCUGCAAUGGUGGUGGCAGCAGCAGCGUAAGUGAACAAGCCACUGUUGUUGUGUAUGUGGAGCGAUGCAAGCUGCUAUUCAACAUCCGCUACUUCAAGUGCUCACUCAGUAUAAUAUUGUAGCAUUAUUAGCUAAUCUGAUUAGCGUUGCGAUUGCUACAGUCAUUCAGGACCGUGCAGAGCGAUUCAAGCGGGUAGCAGGUAUCCAAACGCAGAGAGUACGAGCCUAGAGAGGAUUUGUGUAUGUGUGGGCUGGUUAUAUUCGUUGUUGUUGUUGUUAUUGUGGUUGUUGUUGUUGUUGUUGUUGUUGCUGUCGCUGCUGCUGCUGCUGCUGCUCUUCACGGUAGAAUUCUCCACGGUUUUGUGAUGACUGAACGUGCGUUGCUACGUCUGAGUACAUCGGUGGUGGUCUGGGUGGAACCUGCGUGCUGGGUCGGUACGACAGUGUCGUAGUUGUGACGAAGCGCUGAAUCUAGUGCUGCUGCUACGACCGUAACUGGAGCUGAUGACCAUAAUCUAGUUGUUGGCAACGGUAACAUCAGCACGUCUGCAACGUCCACGAUAAGACCCAGCUGCCAGCUCCCGUCUUUUCUUCUUGCUUGUUUUGCCAUAGCAGUGGGCCUAUUUGAUGUGGCUGCGGCGGUAAUCAGCUACGGCUGCAAGUUGAACGUUUUAAUUCAAUACGAAUUGCAUGGGAAGUACACAGACGUCGAAGGACAAACAGUAUCUAUUGGUACUUAGACAAUAGCAAUCACAUAUACGAUACUGUUACAGACUUCAGUCCGUCGUUGAAAUAAGUACGACUUGUGAACAGCUAAAAAUGUUACGAUUAACGACGCCGUUGCACGUAGCGGUGUUGUACCCAGUUUUGCCGUCACAGUCGCUGUAGUGUCUUGGCCCACUUCGGCAAGAACUGUCCCUUCAAACAAAGCACUCGGGCCGGAACAAGCUAUAGCGUUACAGAAGCUGGAACAGGCUGGCAUCUCGUUGCUUUCAGUGCUGGUAUCACGACCAUAGUGCUCUAGCAAUGUACAGAGUGUAUCAGCGAUAGCAGCAACGAUGGAAGCUGGAAGAGUUUAGCUAGCAUGCGACAACCGCGUUGGUUGAAUGAAUAGAUUUCCACCAAAAUCGUCCAACAGCAGCAACGUCAUAGGGGCUAUUGGUGUGUCGUUCGCUACUAACGAACGUUACGUCCAUUAGAGGAAGGGUCAAUAUUACCCCUUCGAUCGCGACAGCUGCAGCCGUAACGCUGGUGCGUGUCUGCCUGCCUGCCUGCCUACCUACCUACCUACCUACCUACCUGUGAGUAGUUCAACUGCAGCCGCUGACAAGCGUGCUUAUUUUCUACCUGAUCCUUGUAUGUAAUAACACAGACGAGAGUGGUCUUACAGCUCGCGAAACGUUCCAAGUCAUAUAGUGCGGUAUUGAAGUACUCGUGUAACUGUUGCUGCCCGCCCGUGACACGUCCUCUAUUUUGCGCGUGUAUGUCAAACAGAAAAAGAGGGCUGCAAAGAAGUUAGUGCAGUGUUCAGCCGAUAAGAGGAGCAACACGAGCAUAGUCGAACUUCGGUUGCUUGCAAGUGGCAAUCGCAGCAGAGACUGGCAACGAUCUGGGCAACGGAAACAGCCGCAAGAUAACGACACAGACUAGAUAAAAAAGACGCGAGAUCAGCGCAACAAAUCCAGGAAUACUUGACAGUGGCUAAGAUAGAGGAUAAGACAGUUCAUCUACGUGUUGUGCCCCAGUGGCCCGUGUUGUCGUCGUUUGCCACGUAAUAACGUGGACGCUGCGGUGUCAAAGCCCAACACUGCACAUGACCACCUCGUCCUGACAGUUGACCAGCAACAACAACAACAGCUGUAGUACCUAUCUGAAAAAAACCAGCAGCAGAGUGGUGGUGGCGUUAACUUUAGUACCAGUGCUGGUUAAUGCCUGGUGCCUGCGUGUCAAAUUAGUGCGUUUGUCGUCGUUCGUUCGUCGGCGUGCCGGCCAGUCUAUUUCCUACAACGACAACAAAAGUUACUACUGCUACAGCUGCUAGCGUACUGUUAUGGAAAGCUAGUCGGCUGACAGCGAAGAAGGGUCCCUGUGAUCGCGCUAUUGUGGUCUCGAACGUGAACACGUUGCUUCGCCGGAGGAAGCUGCUCGCGCUGUUCUUUCGUCGAAAGGCUGAAGCAGGCAACGUCGAGUGUACCCCUUUAGCACAUAGCGCGACGAGAUAAGUCGAGAGAAAUAGGAAACUGCAGUGUUCUAGUGUAGUUCUGGCUGGUUGGUGCAGGCUUAAAGGGCGGUGGCAUUGGCAAAAAGGCGCUACUCCACUGGUGUAGAUGUAGUCAAAAUGAGUUGAACGUGUGUAGUCGUUCUCGUGUUGUGUUCGCUCUCGAUCGCCGGGGGUGCGGUGCCAAGGUGGAGUCGGUAGGCCAUGGAGAAGAGCUUUGCUUCGAUCGACGAAGAAGAAGCCGUACGAAGCAUACUAUUAACACGACCAAGGAAAGUGAAACUUACACCGUCACCAUUAACUACUUGCAGGCAACAUCACUAUAAUUUAAAAAACGUCGAGUCUUCCUCGAAGUCAAUACAAUUCCCAGCAGAAGUAAUAUUGCGAGGUAGGAGUCAGUGCUAUCGCUUAAAAGAUAUAGCGGGAAACCGAGCUAACCCUGGAGUAAAGAAAAGCUCGACAUACAAUUACACAAGAAGCCUUCAUCACGCUCUUUCUGCCUCAUCACAGUUUUUAUGCUGCUUCUAAUUAGCAGACAAACACCACGAAUUGUAAGAAAAUAAUAAUAUCCAAAACAACAGGAUAAAGGCUGAUAUAUAGACCUUUGUCUCUGGCCUGUUCCGAAGCUGCCGCGAUGAUUCUCGCCUUAUUCAAGUACAUGUUACUAGUUCAGGUUGUUGUUGGAGGUUCGUUGUCACAUAUAUCAUCAGACAAAGAUACAGACUUCACAAGUUCGGCUAGAAUUGUAGCAGCUACUGUAUCAACAGUCACCGCGACGAGGUCCCCCACCCGCGGAGGGGAUCGCUGGAAUCUGUUAGAUAGUGGCAGUGAAAAUUAUAAUGAUAAUAGCAGGGAGGGAGGCUUAUCGUACUCAAUCGACAGCGGCGGUGGUAGCAGUAAAGGCGAGUUAUGGUUUGGAGAGAAAUGGCUUUAUACGCUGUCGGCGCGCUUGGUUCGAAUACCACGUUGUCACGUCACGUCUUCAGCUAGCAGUUCCGGCCAUUUUCAUUGCAGCGUGCUGAACGCGACACACGCCGAACUCACAUUCAUGCCACUGGCUGCAGGCAACCUCACGGCGCGAUUGCUGCUCCCAAAUGAUCAGGAAGUGAUAUUGCGCGGGGUCGGUUUGGCCAACCCGUUCCGACCGUCAGGUUUAGACUUUUAUCGGUUGCCGCCCGGUGUGCCGUUCGAACCGUGGCUAUACUUGCACAACCCAUUGGCGAGGCCGAUUCGCCUGUCAGAAGUGUACGCUACCAAUCCGACGUUUUCAGUGGACGUUCCCGAAGGCACAAGUUGGACGAUACCGGCUCGAUCGACACGGCCUGUGGCGCGGGUGUCGAUUGCUGCUGAACGCCGCUACGAAGUUUCCUAUCUGCGAGUACGCUCAAAGCAAGGCGAAGUGUCCUUGUAUUUGCCAUUACGAUAUUUACCUGCGUCGUUAAUGAUGGAUAAGCCGGCGCCCGAAGGACUAAUUUUUCCGGAGAAGUCUCUAGAUAUUGGCCCGGUCCUUGUGUCGCGGUCUCCGUUGACGCUUCCGUUGAAUGUGGUCAACACCUCGCCGAAGUCGUUAUCCCUUCAGGGAACAGCCGAUUCAGAUGGCCUCCAAGUCAACCCGCCGGAGAAGCCUGUGGGCCCCGGUAAAACAUGCACCGUUAAGGUAACUAUCGAUCCACAACGGGUGUCGCGCGGUAACGGUAACUUGCAGUUGAAAGGCGGCAAAUGGCGUCUUCAGGUACCAUAUUCGCUACAACUGCUUAAUGGUAGUUUGCAAGCGGCAAACUCGAAGUUCUACAUUGGCGCCAAGGGCCAACGCGUCUUCUCGGUCGAAGUUACAAACACACUCAAUACGGGCCUUCGAAUAGAAAGGAUUCUAAUGAACUCUACCCCUUUGGCCGCGCCUUCGCCUUUGCCAGAGGUCCCGCCAUCCGGAACGCUCCAGAUCUCUUUACCUCCUGUUCAACAGCAGGAUCAGCUGCAGGCAGCGAGUGUGAGAAGUAUUGCGUUACCGCAGACGAACGCUUUCGGGCCGUCUACGCUGACCUCACAGGCACAUCAUCGUUAUAAUGCGUCUUUGCGCGUACUUACAAACGUUACAGAAUUCGAAUACAAGCUUGAGUUCUAUUCAAAUCGUCUUGAUCUACUUGUUGAUCGGCGCUUACUUGUCGAAUUAACUGAGAAGGGUACGAAAUCAUUAGAAGAAAUACCGUUUGAUGUUGGCACUCAAGGGAUUGGACAGAAAAAGAAGAUUUGGCUCGAACUAUAUAAUCCCAACCCUGUUGAGGUGUCUAUUGAGCACAUAUCGUCAAACAUUUCAACAUCGCAUAUAGCUUUGCCGUCUCUACCUCCUUGGAGUCUUGGACCAUAUCGGAUGUUGCAGCUGGCUCUGACUCUCAGUUCUCCUGACGAGGGCCGCACCUGGGGAUUGCUCUCUGUAAAAACCAAUUUUCACAGCCAAAGUUGGCCAUUUGUCUUCCAGACUAGUAAAGGUACUGUGACCGCGGCUGCAGGGUUAAGUAAUAGUGCGACGUCUCGAAGUCCAGGGGUCAUAUUGGUUGAGGGUGCAUUUCCAUUUCGACACUCAUCGGAGUUAAUGUAUUUAGAAAGUUCGUUUGAUGCGCCACUCAUUGUCGCCGGGGCCCGCGUUGACGGUGACGAUUCUCAAUUCAGUAUUGAGCUGGUUGAGUCGCCGGUACUUCAUCCCGGCGCUAAAAGUCUCCUUGGAACUCUUAAGUAUCGGCCCUCAUGCGCGGGUCCAACCUUGUGCUACGUCGGUUUGGGAGGUCCACUGGAUUCGUCCUCUUCAAAGGACCUUUAUCUGUGGCGUGGUAUGCAGGAGCGCCUCAAGGAGACGCGGGCCUUAAAUGUAUCGCUUAUCGUCGAUACUCUCAGCGUCAAAGGGUUCGUCAUACCUAUUACGGUAACACAUGUAUGGCCACGAGUUACCCCCCGAGGGGCUGUUCGUUUUGAGACGACUCGCCUAGGUGAAGCGAGUGAAGCGCCAGUGGUUGUUGAUAACCCGUCUGACCAGCCACUUAUGAUGCAGGCAUACGUGAGUACGACGGGAGGCCCCGAGGUACAUUCGAUCGUCGCGGCUCAACAUGCUAUCAAAUUGGGGCACCUGUCAUCAGCAUUCAGCUUAGCUCGGUCUGUUCAGAACUCCUUGUCGUUAAUACCGCCCCGUUCGAAAAAGAAAAUCCACGUACGUUUUGAGCCGUCGACGAUUGGGCCUCACGUCGGCGUCUUGGUAGUACGCAAUAAUUUAACUGCGGUCAGCUCGGUACUGCUCCGAGGGGAAGGUGGAAUGGGAAAACUGCUAUUAGCAGGACAGGAACCCGGCGAAACGAUUUUCUUCGAUCUUAACGCAGCCCUAUUAAAGGACUGUGGUAAUAUUGGUCUCUAUACAACCCUGAAAAAAUACCCAGUAGCAAAGAAUGUUGGUCAGUUACCGAUACGGGUACGGCGUGUCCUCAUCAACGAGAGGGAGUGUGUCGGAUACGGGUUCCGUGUCAAAGAUUGUGAGCAAUUCAUCAUAAAGCCGAAUGCCUCGCACAGAAUCGAAUUGAGCUUUACUCCGGACUUCACGGUUUCACGGGUAGAGAUAGUUUUGUCCCUUGUACUAGACGACAGCAUAUUGGACUUCAACAUUGUCGCCACGCUACCAAAAAGCGUGGUCACGACGUGCGCUGACCAGGUGGUUCGCCCGCCGUGGGAGGGACCCCUGUACGUAACGUGCCUCAUCGUAGCGAUUCUGUUCGUUGCUUGUAUCUUAGCUUAUGCGUUUCUCGACUCGAACAGGGUACUGCAAGAGACCCUGUAUAAACUGCCCAAUGUGACGGACCAGCAAGCGAAUGGAAGUAGCCGCGAGAGUUUGUCAAAAACCACAGCAGCGGCAUCUGCGGUGACAGCCUCUUCAGCGCUGGCAUCAGCAACAGCAGCCCGUAACGGCUCAAACACUUCCAUUAGUCGUAACAAUACAAACAAUGUCAACCACGUAAACCACCCGACGAGAGAAGACAGCAGUCGUCUUGAUCCUAGCGAUCCCGGACGUAACGCUGAUAGAUCUCAACGAACUUGCGUUACGAGGAUGUUUAGCUACGGCAAAAAGAUGUUAAUUGACUGGUUAAGUACGAAAGCUCCACUCGGAAAUGGUCACUCAACAGCAGCUACUUGCGGAACAGCAGGAUCAGGCUUAAACUCCGGAUCAUUGUUGUGUCAGUACGACCGUAAGGGAUCCUUACAUAGUGAGGAGGGUGGCGGAAGCAAUCAUGGCGACGGAGGUGGUGCAUGCGGACCUGGAAGCAACGGCAGCAGCAGCAGCAGCAAUAGUACUAAUACAAAUAACCGCCGCAGAGAUAGCGGUCCACAGAACAGCAGAAGAGAAGGAACUAACCGUCGGAAUAAGAAGAAGGAUUGUAUUGAUUCAUAUGUCCGAAGUAAUUCGAUCAACGCUGGCGACGAGGUCGAGACCGAAACGGCGACACAGACAACUAGCGACGGUCACGAUGCUGAUGAGUACUCGACAAUCGUCGACAAUGACACGGACAAGGCGUCCGAUAGAGCAGAUCUAGAUGACCGAGACCGUUCAAACACAUUAGUCGAAGCUGAAACAGAAACCACGUCUGAGGAUAGCUCCGAAGCGUCAAACGAGAACGUACCCGUUGCAGAAGUAACGCAGACUAUUGAAGAGGUAUGUACCGAAAGCCGUAAGCUCGAUCAAAGGACGAGACUCGACCAGAAGUUUACACGUCGCAAGGAGAGACGGAGAAAGAAAGAAAGUAACGACUCACCGAUGUCAAAUUCGUUAACUUCUGGUGGCCGAGCACACGGCUACUGCAAUAGCCAUAAAAAUGAUAAGGAUAAUAUGCCGGGCAAGGAUCACUUAUCGAAUAACUAUAGCCAUAAUAAUCAUAGUCAGAAUCACCACAGCAAUGGCCUGUCAGCAACUCUACCAGAUGUCUGUGUGCCUGCGGCCAAUGUCCAAAGGAAACCUCCACCACAUACCCCUUCGCCGCCAGCUGAGCAACAAUUAGUCAGCAACACAAUAACAGUAACGACAGCAACGCCGCCAACGAUGCUUGGCAGCAGCGGACCAGGCCGUGAGCGUCGACGGGACUCCCGUGGUGGAGAUAUGCAUUCUCGGCAUGAGCGUGAAAUUCCACCUCGUUUUAAAAAACAGCAAGUGGCGGCAUCCUUUCGAGCCGCGUUGCCUUCGCUCACCCCGCAGGAGGCAAGUCGACAGCUCACAGCCGCUGUAGCACCGGUACCACGAACAAUCACCUACUCCGCUGUCGUAUCAGGUGGCCAAUCACCCCUUUUAACAUUCGGUAGCAGGGGUGGCACUUUUGGCAUUGCUGGUAAUAGCGGUAUAAGCCUUGCACCGGCCAACGGAAGCCAUCCCGGUAGUCAUGGCCUUGUAAGUAACGGUCACGGAGCAACGUCACUUCAUACUACUUCAGUUUCAACAACAGCAUCCGGAAUAGCACGUCGCUUAGGUGGCAAUCCUCCACCCGGAUUCCCUCUGCGUCCCUCUUUGGCGGCUACCUUUUCGCCGGGUAGCGCUGGCGGAGCCAUGUCGAUCGGUGGAUACGCAAUCACGCCAGGCGCAUCACUUAACGGACUGCAUUGCACCAGAACUCUCAGACCAACGGCAAGUCACAGUCCUUCUACCAGCAGUGAGCCAUGUGGUAACGACGAACAGGAGAUGGCCCCGCUGAUCCGGUCCAUCAUCGACUCGGUUAUCCCGACGGAACGCGAUGAGCGGAUGUCCAUGUCUUGGGUCGCAUCGAACACCACUCCAUCAUCACCAGCCUGCGGAUCGCCAGUCUCUGCUGCGGGCGCCCACAGCAAAUCUGGCACCCCAACUGGUGGUUCUGCGGGUAAUUGCAACACUUGUAAUAGCAUUUCUGGCGAGUCGCGAUCGAGUUCCGUAAACAGUGGCUGUAAUGAUGACAUCAGCGGAACAGCUCAUUCUGCGAAGAACACCACAACCGGCGGAAAAAGUAGUGGACGUUCGCUGUGGGAAGACAGUACUUGGAGGAACAGCGGUACGAAUAGUGGGAGCAACAAUUCGAUGACAUCGUUGUCGUCAUCGAUACCAGGUUCGCCGUCGUCGCCGCCUCAGUGCUCGCAGACGCCGAGCGCUCUGCCGCCGACCUCUAGUAACCACGAGUCGACAUGCGGUUUCGGCUCUGGAUCGGUAGCUCCAGUUGCCCCUCCUUCGCAGACGUUCCCGACUUUCCUUCGUCGGACUCCCGAACGUGACCGAGAGCGUGACCGUCGCGAGAUGGGUCUUGACCUGCAUCAGAGACAUCUGUCGCAGUGCGCAGAAGCUGGAGCCGUCACUCAGACCGGACAAACGCCCGCUCAAGCCUGGUCGCCGACCACUAGCGUUACUCCGCGGCAUCUUUACCUCGCAAGAGGUCAUCAAAUCCAACAGCGGCUGAGUCAUCCUCCAACCGUUUCUCCUACGAACGAUUACAGCUAUAAUGGUGCCAACAUCUGGGGAUCUGGUACAUCAGGCUUAUCUCCAACACAGCCGCAAUCAAUAUUCCCUUCGCCUAUUGGCACACCUUGGACACCAUUCAGGAGCCCCUCCCUAUCGUUAUCAGCUGUACGCGAAAAGGAAAACGCUGGCAAGAAAUGCCAAUAAAGGAGCGAACAGUGUAUCCUCGAAGCCCGUACGCUAAUGCGUGUGCUAACGUUGUAACCACGCUGGCCUCAUUUGGUACAGCACUCGUGCGUGACUUUUAAAUCCAACAAUAGUUGCGUAGAAAUGUGACGGGAAACUUGAAAACGUUUGAUCUCAUUACCUUCUUUCUCUCCAAAUUCGAUUCGGUGCACAGCUCUACAAGAUAGUUCGCUGAUAGUGUCGUGUAGAGGAGAUAGGUCCCACCAGCGAAGAGAAGGAGAUCCCUAAAGACCGCCUACUAGACGAUGAUGACCGUUGCGAUGCCCCUGAACCAAUGGUUAUCCAUUAGCCCACCUGCGUAGGAAAUUGUCACCCUGUUAUUAUCAUCAUCAUCAUCGCCAUCACGAUCAUCUUCAUCGCCAUCGCACGUGGAAAACGGUCGCGAGUUCAGCGACACUUCAAAACCGUGGAAAAUCUUUUUGCCACACGUCUACAGGCCUGCUGCGUUUUCUUGUCGUAAUUCGUAUCUUGCGCUUUCGAGUCUCUUAUACAUGUAGAAACGACGGGGGGAAAGGGGAAGAUCCAGGAAUAACAUCAACUCCCAUUUACCCCAGCCAGUCUAUUCUCGACGUCGUAGGCGAACGGUACACUGGUGAAAUUAUGAAAAUCUUGUUUACAGGGGCUGAUUAAGCACAGUAAAUGAAACAAAAUACUGUAUAAAAGACACUUCAUGGAAGAGAAGCUAUGAUGCACUGACUCCAGCUGAGUGUGUCGAUAUGUCCAGCAUGUGUCCGUGUUCGAGUGGCUUGCGGCGUGCUAAGUUGGCAAGCAUCAGACACAUUCGGCUGAGUUCUGAUCUUGCCGAAGCGUUGAUUAAGUGAUGAUAAAUUAAUCGGUUAUUGAUAUAGGUGUAUUCGAUACCUACUUAAUCUAGUAAUUGCAUAAUAAUUUGCGUGCUGUUGAUUUGCCGUUAACUGUUCAUAAGGCGCGAUUGUGCUUAGUUGAUUGAUUGAUGUAAACUAAAGAGAUGACACGAAAAUUGCGUUUAUCGAUCAGCAAAAAAGUAUAAUGCAGACCCGAGCAUGUGUUGUGGAUUUUGGGUUACAUACGGUCGAAGCAAGACGAUAAAAGCAUGCGGGAACCGUCGGCAAGGAGCUAGACGAUCAAGCCGAUACGAAUAGUAUAUACACAAACACGUUAUCAAGUAUUUGGACUGACUGACUGACUGACUGAAAGUCGGCCAGAUAAUGUGUAUCCGAGGUAAAAAUUACAACCAUCAAAAACUUUAUUAGGUGAACUGCUACAGAGGCCUGUAUUGCAAGGAGCACGUUAAACUUUCACAAGUAUUUUGUUUGACUUAUUGUUGGGCAAAAAUUGAGUGUGGGAUAACAUAUAUAUAUUCGGUCUUUGUAAUCGAAUCUGUCCUCUGCUGUGUGAAUAACGGUAUCGUAUAGCGAUUCAAUCGUUAUAUUAAUAUUUCAAACUAAAUGUUUAAACAUCUCGCUUGAAAUAAUGUGCUCGUACGUGUGCUUGAGGAAAUGCUUAUAUUGAUAGCACGAACAGCUUGUUUAUUACUAAUUGAGCGAUGAGAUGGACUGACAGCGCACGUUUCCUCAUGAUACAGAUAAGGUCAGAGCUGCAAAGUAAGCCAAACAGUAGGGCCAAUUAACAGCAUCAGGCAUGUUGUGACAUGCAAGCCUGCAGGGUACGCGCACCAUAUCGAAAAUAUCGCAAGUACUACUAUUAUGAUUUGUGUGACGGCCAAUUGAGAAAUAUUUCAGCCAGAGCUGCUGUCUAACUUGCCACCGCUUCGUUAACGCUUUCUCAGAUGAUUAAGAACAAAUGCCUUCGUAUUCUAUAGGACAGACAAAAUUGUAUAGGGAUAAUUUUUUACAAGCCACAAGUCAGCAACUACAGACUUUACUCAAAUCAAUGAUCAAUUGCAAUGUUCUCACGACUGAAUCAGGCGACGAUUUACGAUAAGACGACGUAAAGCCGAAAUCGCGUGACUGUCAGUAUCUGCCUGCCUGCGUGCGGACGUGCAUGUGUGUGCGUGCGUGUGUAUAUGCGAGAUAACUAUAAUAUGUAAUAAUGUAUUUAUUAAUAAAAUAUAACGUUAGAGGACGAUGAUGGUGAUGAUAAAGCAAACGAUCAUUAGUCAAUCAUGAUGAAAACAAAGAGAAAUGACCGAAACACGGUCGGUCGAAACUUUCGGGAACACAACCAAAUAGAGGAAUCAUGAACAAUCGAACAGACAAGGAGGUACAGAAGAAAGGGUAGUAUUACAAAGAUCACACCGUAUGGAACUAUAGAUUCAACUAAUUAUCUUUGGGAUUAUUAAUAUCAAUGUCAUAAUUGCCCAGUAUGUAAGCUGCCGAUAUGCACUAGCUAACUGGAAUGAAAAUCAAAGAAAGAAAGAAAGAAAGAAAGAAAGAAAGAAAGAAGGUUCUGGGACAGGACGAGAUUGCUUGUAGUGGUCGUUAAUGAUUAAUUAUCAACCUUGAAAUUAUAAUUCUAAACUUUAGUGAGCAAAUAAAAAAGCGAAGUGUGCUGAGGUUAUGAUAAAUUCGUGCGUUUAAGCCAAUUACCAUUCAAUGAGACCUCACUGAAGGGUGGGUCUUGCAGAGGCAGUCGCAGCAAUAAUCAGUAAACAUAGUUAAGAGCUGCUGAAGCUGAGGUUCUGUUCGAAUUCAAGGGCCAACAGCAGAGUAACGGAGGGUCAGGUAACAUGAAAAGUUAAAAAAAAGUGAAGGGUGAACAAUGCGGCAAAAGGCGUAAGCGUAUAGUCAGGGUUCAGUCAGUAGUAAGAGUAUCGUUACGGUAACUCUGUGAAUUAAUUAGUUAACGAGCAUCAUCUGUGCAGGUUUUUUGCCGUUUCAGAUUUGAUUAAAAUGCAAUGUCGUCUCUAUAUGCCAAAGAUCUAAUCUCAUAUUUGAACGACAGAUUGAUAGCACGUCUCCAUUGAGUAGUUCUAAAGCAUAUACCCACAAUGAAUAAGACAACAACAACAAAUCAAGGUAUCUCUUAAUACGAACUUAGUCUCUCGACAGUGUGACAAACUUAUUAUUAAGAGAAAAAUUAUUACUAGAAGAGCCUAUGUAAAUCGAGCGUAGCUGGCAAAGGCUGAGAUAAAGGUGACGCCAUUAGCGAUGAUUCUGUAAACCUGACAGAACAUUACCACUUUCAAAAAAGGCUUAGUUCUAGCAUAUAGGUCGCGUUUCGUUUUCAAAGAAAAACGCCCGCCCGCCCGCACGCCCGCCCGCCCGAUUUCAACGCCGGACACAUGGUCGUCAAGUACGGAACAUUUAGACGGAUUUAGGAGUGUGUCCAUAGGAGUCGUGAGGGAAUUUUUCUCCAGUACGUUAACCCGACACAUAUAUAUAUAUAUAUAUAUAUAUAUAUAUAUAUAUAUAUAUAUAG